AUGGGUGACGAAAUUGUCAUCGAUAAAACGGCGUUCUUCAGUCGCCUUUCAAGCUUCUAUACAUCAUGGAAAGCAGAUAAAAGAUCUAGCCAUCCGGUGUUUGGCGGUGCUGGAUCUAUCGUCAUUUUGAUGGGGAAGACGGACGAAGCGAAUGGCUUUCAGAAGAACAAUGCAAUACAUUUUUGGUUACUCGGCUAUGAAUUUCCGGCUACACUUCUCGUCUUUACCCCCGAGGUUAUGUAUGUCGUGACGACAGCCAAAAAAGCGAAACAUCUAGAACCCUUGAAAGGUGGAAAGAUUCCGGUUGAGAUCUUGGUAACUACCAAGGAUCAGGAAGAGAAAACCAAGGUGUUUGAGAAGUGUGUGGAUGUUAUAAAAUCCGCUGGGAACAAGGUCGGAGUUUUGCCAAGAGACACAACUACUGGUCCGUUUGUGGAAGACUGGAAGCGCGUAUAUGGCAAGAUAUCCGGGGAAGUGGAAGAAGUCGACAUUGCUCCCGCUCUUUCGGCGGCAUGCUUUUCAGUCAAAGAUACAGACGAGCUAGUCUCUAUAAGGAACGCAUCGAGAGCUUGCAGCGGUCUGAUGUCCGAUUAUUUCGUCGAUGAGAUGUCUCGUUUGCUAGAUGAGGAAAAGCAGAUGACACAUAAAGCCCUAUCUAUGCGCAUUGACGCCAAGAUUGACGACACCAGGUUCUUCAACAAGCUUGCGAAAUUACCCUCAGAAUUCGAUCCUCAACAAAUCGACUGGGCAUAUGGUCCUGUCAUACAAAGUGGCGGAAAGUAUGACUUGAAGCUAACAGCUUUGCCUGAUGACAAUAACUUGGAGCCCGGAAUCAUCGUUGCUGGGUUCGGUGUCCGCUACAAAACCUACAGCUCAAUAAUUGGGCGCACCUACCUGGUUGACCCGACCAAGUCUCAGGAGGCGAACUAUGCGUUGCUCCUGAGUCUUCAUGAGGCCGUACUGAAGGAAGUCCGCGAUGGCGUGGUAGCUAAGGAGCUCUACAACAAGGCCAUUGGACUAGUUCGGACCAAAAAGCCGGAACUCGAAUCCCAUUUCAUGAAGAAUGUUGGCGCUGGUGUAGGAAUUGAGCUUCGUGACUCGAAUAUGGUCCUCAAUGGCAAGAACAACCGGAUACUAAAGAGCGGCAUGACCUUUGCUAUAACGGUUGGGCUGGUGGAUGUUGAAGAACUGGACAUGAAGGACAAAAAAAGGAACGUCUAUUCGAUGAUGAUCACGGACACCGUUCGGGUUGGUGAACAGGGACCCCAUGUCUUCACCAAGGACGCCGGCAUCGACAUGGACUCUGUAUCAUUCUACUUUGGAGACGAAGAGGAGCCUCAGAAACCUGCCAAAGAGAAGAAAGAACCUAAAUCGAGUGCAAUCGCGAGCAGGAAUGUUACCAGGACAAAGCUCCGAGCUGAACGUCCUACGCAGGUUAACGAGGGCGCGGAGGCCCGGCGCCGUGAGCAUCAGAAGGAGUUGGCUACCAAAAAGACCAAGGAGGGUCUGGACCGAUUUGCAGGUACCACCGGCGACGACAACGGAGUCACACAGAAGAAGUUCAAGAGAUUUGAGUCAUAUAAGAGAGACAACCAAUUACCAACCAAGGUCAAGGAUCUUACGGUUUAUGUGGAUCACAAGGCCUCAACUGUUAUUGUUCCAGUAAUGGGUCGACCUGUGCCAUUUCACAUCAACACCAUUAAGAAUGCAAGCAAGAGUGACGAGGGGGAGUACGCCUAUCUUCGAAUCAACUUUCUCUCACCGGGUCAAGGCGUUGGAAGAAAAGACGACCAACCCUUCGAAGAUCUGUCGGCCCAUUUCCUGAGGAACUUGACGCUCCGGUCAAAAGACAACGAUCGGUUCGCGCAGGUUGCUCAAGACAUUACUGAGCUCAGGAAGAAUGCCUUGCGCCGUGAGCAGGAAAAGAAGGAGAUGGAAGAUGUUGUCGAACAGGACAAGUUGGCUGAGAUUAGAAAUCGCCGCCCUGUGAAAUUACCUGACGUUUACCUUCGACCUCCGCUUGAUGGUAAACGAGUUCCUGGCGAGGUAGAAAUACACCAGAAUGGUCUUCGCUAUGUUUCUCCCUUUCGCAACGAACACGUUGAUGUGCUGUUUAGCAACGUCAAACAUCUGUUCUUCCAGCCUUGUGCUCAUGAGUUGAUUGUUUUGAUCCACGUACACCUCAAGACUCCUAUAAUGAUCGGCAAGCGGAAGACAAGGGAUGUCCAGUUCUAUAGAGAGGCUACUGAGAUGCAGUUCGAUGAGACUGGUAACCGGAGGCGAAAGCACCGUUAUGGGGAUGAAGAAGAGUUUGAGGCAGAGCAAGAGGAGAGAAGACGACGGGCGGCUUUAGAUCGAGAGUUCAAGGCAUUCGCGGAAAAGAUAGCGGAUGCUGGAAAGGAUGAGGGUGUUGAUGUUGACAUCCCUUUCAGAGAAAUUGGCUUUACUGGUGUCCCCAAUCGCUCGAAUGUUCUGAUCCAGCCAACCACAGAUGCUCUUGUUCAAUUGACUGAACCGCCCUUCCUGGUUGUGAGUCUUAAUGAAAUCGAAAUUGCGCACCUUGAAAGGGUGCAGUUCGGCUUGAAAAAUUUCGAUCUUGUCUUUGUGUUCAAGGACUUCCACCGGGCACCAGUGCAUAUUAACACAAUCCCGGUGGAGAACUUGGAAGGUGUGAAGGAUUGGUUGGAUUCCGUGGAUAUUGCAUACACCGAAGGACCUCUCAAUCUGAACUGGACCACAAUCAUGAAGACUGUUGUCAGUGAUCCAUACGGUUUCUUUGCUGAUGGUGGGUGGUCUUUCCUUGCGGCCGAGUCAGAUUCCGAAGGUGGAUCUGAUGAAGAGGAGGAGUCGGCCUUUGAGCUAUCCGAAUCAGAACUUGCUGCAGACGAGAGUUCAGAAGAGGAGAGUGACUACGAUGACGAUGCUAGCGCGGAUGAUGAUUUCAGCGCCGAUGAAGAAGAGGAAAGUGGUGAGGAUUGGGAUGAGCUGGAACAUCAAGCCAAGAAGAAAGACAGAGAGAGUGGCUUGGAUGAUGAAGGCAUGGGCAAGAAGCGAAAGAGGUGA